CCACACGCAGCUGUGGAAAUGAGAUAAAACUGAGCUGCCACUUUAGCAAGCUCUCCUUUACACACUUGUGCAGCCAGAAAACCUCUGAAGCCAAAAGUAAAAAACGUUUGGUGACUCGUCAUUGUGCUGGAUGGCAGCUGUUUUCUGCAAGCAAAGGGGCGUUCAACAGGUGGAGGGAAUGAAGGCUUGAUUUUUCCACUUUGUGGACUUUUUUAAGAAACAGAAGAAGAAGAAGCAGAAGACUAUUUUGGGUUUGUCCCUCACACUGAAGACAUUUUCUAAGAAGAACUACAACUCUAAACAGACUAUGAAUGUGCUGUCAAACCCAGUGAUCAGGGCCCAGGAGCAGUCUCUACCUCUCUGUGGCCCCGGCUCUGUCCAGGACUUACCCCACUGUCCUCCAGGGUUUAACCUGAGCUCCCGCCUAAAUCCUGCACCCAUGCUUGGCCUCCAGAGCGGCCAAAGACCAACCAAACCUCAGAGGGAGCUGAGCCCCGAGGAGCAGCAGGAGCUCAGACGGAAGAUCAACAGCAGGGAGAGGAAGCGGAUGCAGGACUUGAACAUUGCCAUGGACGCCCUGAGGGAGGUCAUGGUGCCUUAUGCCUCCUCUCCAUCCUCUGCCUCCUCCUCUCAGUCCCACCAGCCCGGAGCUCCUCCAGGCCGCAGGCUCUCCAAGAUCUCCACCCUGGUCCUAGCCAGGAACUACAUCCUCCUUCUGGGCUCGUCUCUGCAGGAGAUGCGGCGGCUGCUGGGGGAGGUAAGCGUCGGGAUGGGGGUGAACACAGGACCAGUCCCUCGGCUGCUGCUCGCUGGAGGGUGGCCCCUCAUCUCCGGCCCCAGUCAGCUCCUCCUCACCCAGGAGUCCCUCCUAACCUCGGCAGCUUCCUCCUCUUCUUCCACUUCAUCGUCCUCUGCUGCUAAAUGUUCCCUGUUGUCUCCGGGCCCCAUGGACGCCUCGCUGGCUCCUGUGCAGUGGAGCUCUGCAGGGGCCUCAGGGGGGCCCCUGUGCCAGUGUGGAGUCUGCAGACUGCCCAGAUUUAGCCACUCCACUCCAGCUCCAAGAUUCCCAAAGUAAUACCUUGAAGUUGAAGGUUGAGAACGGACUUGAUGACUGUUACAUGUAUGCAAUUUUUUAAAAUAUAUAUAUAUAUAUAUAUAUAUAUGAAUUGUUAUUUUUCUAACAUUUUUAACAUCUUUAUUAUAAUUUACUGCAAUAACUCACAAUUAUUAUUUGAGCUUUUUUUUCUGUAUUUGGUAAGCCAGUUUAUCUAUGAAGUAGAUAUAAUAAUGCCAUUUUUGUUGCUGAGAUAAGUUGCAUUUUAUUACUUCUCUUUGUUAACAAACAAAGAAACAAUAGACAACUAUAAUGAUUCUUGAGUGAGUGAGCUUUAAUGACUGUGUGUGUUUGAUUGCAGUGUUUCAGUUUGCUGGAUGAAAGACAGUCACAAUUGUUAGUUUUGUUGAUUUCACAUGAGAGAUUUUGUAUUUGUGUUUUGUCUGGGCUCUGCUUACUGAUUUGAAGUUGGCAGGGUUGUUUUUAUAAAAAGUCAGAUGUCCUUCCACUCAGCAGACAGACUCAUUUAUCUGUACUCUAACUUACUCUCAAGCAAGCAUGGUGAAAUUAAGCAAUCUGCUAUUUUCUCAGACAGUUAUGAGUACACAAAGUGAUGUCAUUUCACACUUAUUUGUUUUUAUAUAAAAGAGGAAUCCCAACAGUUAUGAUCUUCUCCACUGUCUCUUAUGAAUAAAAUAUUUAUAUAAUACUAAUUAUUUUUUCCAAUAAUUGUUCGUUCUGACUUAAUUGUCGCUUUGAUUAUGGCCAUAGGCAACUAUGACUUAUAUGAAGCUCUACAUUUAUCUUCUGUACCAAAAGAAGUGGAUGGUGGACGUCAAAACAGCAGGACGUUACCACCAGAGUUGGACAACCAUAAGUCCUCUGAAUGCCUGAAGUUUCUAGUUUGUGAUUGUAAAGUUUCAUGAGGCUGUGAUUAUCCUAGAGGUCACAACAGGUCAUUCUUAUACAGUGAGGUUGAGUUACAAAAAUUUUCUCACGACAAUGAAAUGCUAAUGUAUGGGGCACACAACAUCACAAAUAAAUAUAUUUCAGCUUAUUGAAUCCACAAGAGUCUCAGUUUACCAGUGAUACCCAAUUCAUGCAGAAAUAUUCAUAUGCAAUA